AUUUCCCUAAGGUGAAAUGGCAUAUCAGAGCCCCAACCCCUUUCCUGAAGAAUGUGCAAAUGGUAUUAACCGUGUAGCAGCUUACCAGAUGUAUAUCAGUGAUGUGUAUUUAACUCUGGCCUACAGCUUCACUGAACCAAAGGUUAUGCCUGCUUUUGCUGUGUUCUUGGAGCAUAUGUCAGCGGUGAAGUGGGAGCAAGCAAAGGAGUUCCUAAGGUUUCUAAGGAGACGUAAUUGUAUUAACAGUGUUCCCUUUAUUCAGAGGGCCAACAUAGGUCCCCUAGAAACUCCAGAAAAAGCCCUACCAGAUGUUGUGAAUCUAGAAGAAGAGUUAACUAGGAUCAUGGAAGACCUGAAAACCUCAGCUUCUCGGGCUCGUGAAACUCGUCUUGUAAAAUUUACUAAGGAUCUCUUGGUUAAACAGAAUAAGCACCGAAGGUUUUUGGAACAGGAAAUUUUGGAUUACAGAAGAUUAGAAGAAUAUAGGCAGCAAAGAAGACUGUCUGAAAAUCCUGCUGGGGCAUCUGUAUCUGGUGAAGACACAACCUCUGGGGGCAGCACAGCAAAUCUCAGUGCAGUCUAACUCAAAGUUGGCUAUAUAAUAGUCUUGAUCUCUCC